UGUCAAUCAUCCGGUCGGCGCCCUUUGAUGUCGGGACUCCUCUCCUUGUCUUGGGCUCAAAUGAGCUGUUUGCUGUUGUAGGGAAACAUUAGUCCUCUACCAACCAGCAAGCCACAUCUCAACUUUUUUUUCUGCAUGUGGUGGGGGUUUCUACACUUUGGAGGCGCCCUAGACUGAGGAGAUUUAACAAAACCUUUGAUUCUUUUCUUUAUUUAUACUUUUUUUUUGGGAGGGGGGGUUAUUAAUAUUUUUAAGUCUAUCAUAUAUCGCAGGGUGGGGGGAAGUAGACAUGCCUCAGCUCAGCAGCGGCGGCGGGGACGACCUGGGAGCGAAUGAUGAGAUGAUAGCGUUCAAAGACGAAGGGGAGCAAGAGGAGAAAAUCCAAGAAAACGCGUUUACGGAGAGAGACCUGGCCGACCUCAAGUCCUCUCUGGUGAACGAGUCGGAAAUAAAUCAAAGUCCGAACGCAGCGGCGGUCAGACGGGGACAACAGGGCGAGCAGAGGGGCUUCGCAGAGAAACACCGGGAGCAUCUCGACGGUGUGUCAAAGCACCAAGAUGGAGGCAUGUACAAGACGCCGACGUAUCCAGGGUAUCCGCUCCUGAUGCUGCCCGACCCUUACUUCCCCAACAGCUCGGUUUCUCCAUCUUCCAACAAAGUGUCGGUGGUGCAGCAGUCUCACGGGAUGCAUCCGUUGACGUCCCUCCUGCCCUACAGCAACGAGCACUUCAGCCCGAGUCCUCCGCACCUGCCCACAGACAUGAGUCAGAAAACAGGGGUUCACAGGCACCAGUCCCAGGACCUCUCAGGGUACUACUCCCUCCCUCCAGGCGGCGUCGGCCAGAUCCCUCCCUCCAUGGGCUGGCAGAGCCAGCCAGUCUAUCCUGGCCUGUCCCCCUGUGGAUUCAGGCAGCCCUACUCCUCCAACCUCUCCAGCGCCUCCUCCUACUCCAGGUAUCAUAGCUGGCUGGUCGGAUCAAGCCAGACUGAGCCAAAAAAGUUCCCUCACUCUCUGAUGCUGAGCCCUUCAGGCAUGCAUCCUACAGGGAUCCCCCACCCAGCCAUAGUGCCACCUACAGGCAAACAGGAUCACGAACAGUAUGACAGGAGCAUGUAUGUGAAACCGCAAGACGUCAAGCGGGAGAAGGAGCCCAAGAAGCCGGUCAUCAAGAAACCUCUGAACGCCUUCAUGCUCUACAUGAAGGAGAUGAGGGCAAAGGUCAUCGCUGAGUGCACAUUAAAGGAGAGCGCCGCCAUCAACCAGAUUCUGGGGCGAAGGUGGCAUGCACUGACCCGGGAGGAACAGGCCAAGUACUACGAGUUGGCCAGGAAAGAGAGACAACUCCACAUGCAGCUCUACCCGACCUGGUCUGCCAGGGACAACUAUGAGGCGGGCCUUAGCGGGGUCGCAGGGGAAAAGAGUAAAGCUGAUUGGGGCAAGAAAAAGAGGAGAAAAAGGGAGAAGCUGCAGGACUCCAAUACAGACCCGGGCUCUCCUAAGAAAUGCCGGGCUCGCUUCGGCCUCAACCAACAAACGGACUGGUGCGGUCCUUGCAGGAGGAAAAAGAAGUGCAUUCGCUACCUUCAAGGAGGAGGCUGUCCCAGCCCAACUUCUUCAGAUAUAAGUGCUAUAGACUCUCCCCCCUCCCCGUCCCCUGCCCGCCACCGUCUGUACCAGCACCAGCGCCCCCUUUCCCCAGGCUGUUCCCCACCACCGCCCACUUCCCCAUCAACACGCCUCCCCCUAUCUCCGCCACAACACACACGCUCGCACACACGCUUACCCCUGCAGCAGUCUGUCGGCAAGCGCAGCGACCUCCGACAGCCCGUGACCAAACACACCCACACACACCUGGAACUGUCCGGCAAGCAGACGCACAGCUUGACGACGGCGCUGUCGGCCUCCAAGGCCGCAGGACUUUCUCUCAAAGUGCUAACAGAGACUCAGUGAUCGCUCCGGUCCGCUCACAUCCCUGACACACCCCGUUCACCUCAGCUUCCUCCAGAGGCGUGAUGAUCAUCAUCCUCACCUGCCUUCAUUCUCAUAUGUAUCUAUACCCUAUUCCUUAUAUUAAAAAAAAAUAGGAGUAACCAAGUGGGGCAGGGUGGUGUGAGAUCAGACCUUCAGCUCCUGGUGAUAGCCAGCCAUUAGAGUAAGAUGUCAAGUGUGUCUCAGUUCAGAGGCCGGAUCCUCAAAGUCUGCGUUUCUAGAUCAAAAAAAGGUCAUUAACGUGCCAAAGAGGUCUGUUCCAUGUCUGAAUCAAACAUUUAGGCAAUCCUUGUCAACCUGCAAGUCUGGAAAUAUCACAUAACCACAUCACAUUUGACAGUUUUGUCAAUCAGGUGGUCACCAGUCAACCUUGUUUUAAUGUAAAGUUAAAAAGUUCCGAAACAUUCGGAUGUAGCAGAGUUUGUGUCCGAGAGACAAAUCUCUGUUAGGAGGGAAGCCUUUGUCUGGUGGUCCACUGAAGGAUCUACUUUUUAAGCCACACCCGUUGAGAAGAUCCAAGCCCUGAAUUGGUGACUGAAUCUCUGCCAGACACAGAGAGUUCCAGUUAUUCAGAGGCAGACCUGCGCUGGAGGCAGAAUUAAUAAAAAAAUCCGUUGUUCUUUGGCUCCAUCUGCUGCAGUCAAACAUGGCUAAAAGAUUAGUUAUGCCUGGAGGACAGCUCUUCCUCUUGAGAGAUAAUUUUACAAAUAAGACUCCUAAGCCCCCUUGGUGCUCGGUUUUUCUUUUAUUUUCUUUCUUUCUUUCUUUUUUAAAGCUGACCCCAUGCUUUGACCCCCAUGACAAUCACUAACAAAAAGUAUUGUAAAUGAGCGCUUUCUUCAAUCAACCACAUCAAUACGGACCUAAAAAUGACAAAAGAGCUAAUGAUCAAGGUGAGAGGGUUGUUACAGAACAUUCUGCGUUACAUACACACUUUUAUUCAUCCACGACUAUCACUCAGACCAAACCAGAGGGAAGCACAGACCAACCAGCCUGACCAGCCUGACCAGCCUGACCAGCCUGACCAGCAGAACCUCAGGUCUAAAGAGAGGGACAGAUUUUUUUUUUUUUUUUUUUUUUUUUAGCUGCCAUUUUGUUAACAGUUUGACUUCACUUUCAUUCCAUUUCCAUUUUUUUUAUAUAUCUAAUAACUGACAUUUUCAGCAGGAGAAAAGUAUCAUCAUUAUACAUGACAGAGUAUCCCCAACGUCAGCUCCUCUUAGGCACUUUCAGGCUGUCAGUCUCGAGAUAUCAACGUUACAUUUUUCUUCUGUUUUCUCCCAUUUCUUUGGUAUUUUUGUAUGAAUCCCACAUGAUUUUUAAAGGUCAGAUGUUUUGCUGGUGGGGAAACCCUCAGAAAGAUGAGAGGGUUUUUAUUUUAAUUUUAAAAAGUCUUUUGGCUGUUUUUCUUUUGACUGAACAUUUUGCAGCUGCGUAAACUAAUCUGAGACCAAAUGGGUACUAUUAUAUUGCAUUGUGUUGUAAAGUUUUAUAAAUGUUGGAAUUCCCUAUUAUAAUUAAACUUUUAUAUGUUUUUAUGUAAAAAAAGAAAAAAAAAUAAUAAGUGAAAUAACCAAAAAAAAAAAAAAAAGAUUCUUUUAGUUUCUACCAUUUCUGAAAGCAAUACAUUUUGUGUUUGUCCUCUUGUUACUUUUUCUCAGUCAAGUGUUACUGCGGCAGCGUUCAAAUGAUAUCUUGUGUUCUCAAUCCGUGCAUGUUCCGACUUAAAUGUAACAAAAAAUAGAUUUUGACAAAAAAAAAAAAGGCUUUAAUUUGCUGUUCCGCUUGCAGCUUCGAACUCCAGCUUACAAUUCUGUGGACUGGAGGCUGAGCUUUUGUACAGCAAAACUGUUUUCCUCCAGCAGAGAGAGCUCUUGUGCUAGAAAUAGCUUGUUUUAUUCUAAGGUUGCUCAGUAGUGGCAACGCCUUGAAGAUGUCUUUUUUGUAUUUUUUAUGCCUCAAACGCCUCUGAUGUAUUACUUGUUUUCGUUUGAUGUAUUAAAGUGUUUUGAAUAUCUUG